AUGAAGUCACAAUUGAUUAGAGAGACCUCUAUGAUUGGCGCCGACGAUGUUCACCAUUCUACGGACGAGAGAAGAGUAUUAAAUGAUUUCAUUACACCACAUGAAUCAAAUGCGCCGUAUUUAAUUGACUACGUAGCAAAGCAUAAGAAUGAUCUUAACGACAUACCUUGGCAUAUUCCUGCCAGUGUUCCCAAGGAAGAGGUUCCUCAACGGGUGGUGGACGGGAUAGUCGAACGACUAGUGUAUAGCAGUAUGAAGCCUCACAAUUUGCAAUUCGUUUACAACGAUUCUUCCAACAACCAAAACUUCAACAACAAUCUCACAUUCAAUAUCAUGGAUAUAGAUAAUCCCUAUGAGUGGUUCCCAGAGGCCCGGAAGUUGAAGAGAAAGUUUAUUAUGCACGUUGGACCCACUAACAGCGGUAAGACAUAUCAUGCAUUACAAAGGCUAGAAAACUGUUCUAAAGGAUAUUUUGCCGGCCCUUUGAGAUUGCUUGCUCGUGAAGUGUAUGAUAAGUUCCAGUCGAAAGGGAUAAGAUGCAACUUAGUGACGGGCGAGGAGGUGAUCGUUGAUGUGGACGAGAGUGGCAACAAAGCAGGUGUCACUUCUGGAACCAUUGAAAUGCUCUCUCUUACAGAAAACUACGAUGUUAUCGUGGUGGACGAAAUUCAAAUGAUUGGGGAUCAAUUUAGGGGAUCCGCUUGGACCAAUGCUAUACUUGGAGCCCGUGCCAAAGAGAUUCAUCUCUGUGGAGAAGCAUCAGCUGUUCCUCUCAUCAAAAGACUCGUUGCCAUGACGGAUGAUGAGUUGGAGAUCAACGAGUACAAUCGUCUCAGCAAAUUAGUUGUCGACGACGAAACUGCUAAGAUGAAUGACCUCAGAAAGGGUGACUGCAUUGUCUGUUUUAGCAAAACAUCCAUUUUGGAUAUGAAAUUGCAAAUUGAGCAGCAGACCAAUUUGCGGUGUGCAGUUAUUUAUGGUGCUCUUCCGCCAGAAACACGUGCUCAGGAGGCGCAGAGAUUUAAUGAUGGGUACUAUGAUAUUGUUGUUGCAUCCGAUGCCAUAGGAAUGGGACUUAACCUUAAGAUCAAUAGGGUUAUUUUUACCACAACGCAGAAGUUCAAUGGACGUCAGAAUGUUAGUCUAUCACCUUCCAAUGUCAAACAAAUUGGAGGACGGGCCGGAAGAUAUGGUAUGGGGGAUUCAGUUGGCCAUAUAAGUGCCAUUUCAGAAGAUGAAUUGGUUAACGUGACAAAGGGUAUCGAAAGUCCUAUCGAAUUUAUUGAUAGAGCAGUACUUUGGCCACCUGAUGACUUAUGGGUUAGAUACUACUCGAUGUUCACCAAAGACACAGAUGCUCUUACCAUGUACCGAAAAUUUGAAACUGAUCUAUCCAAACUUUAUAGAUCUACUCGAAAGAUGAAACGUGAUUUCAAAGUCGAAUCCUUGGACGAGAAGAAGGUAAUGUCUGAGUUUUUACACAGAGAGAAGUUGAAGAAGAAUUUCAACAUUGCGGACCAGCUUCGCUGUAUCAGCGCACCAACAACAUUGACUACAAAUCCAAACCAGCCGUUGAAAGUUGUUUUGAACUAUAUUCUCAAAGAGUUCAUUCAAAAUAUUAUCAAGAGAACAAAAAAAUCGCUUUUCGACUUCGAUGCUGUUCCAUUCUAUCUUCUUUCGACGGAGAACCUGAUUAAUAGCGGCACUUCGCGUAACAAGGUCCUCAGUAAGAGGAAUAGUCCACUUAUAGAAGCAGAGCCCAUUCCAGCAGGUAUCAAAAACAAGAUUUUGGAAAAGCUAGAGAAAGAGGAACUAGAGCAUUUCAGAUCGAGAAAGUCCUACGUUAAGAGGCUAAAUCCCAUUGAAGAUAGACUAAUGAAAUUAGAGCAAUUUCAUAAAAUGCUUAGUUCAUAUAUGUGGUUAUCCUAUAGAUUCCCACAAAACUUCAUCGACAUCGAGUCUGCCAUGAAAUUGAAAGAAUUGGCAGAGUUUAAAAUUAGUGAGAUGCUUGGUAACUUAAGAUCGACCUCAACCAUGAAUUCUCGGAGAUUCAAGACUUUUAGCAAGCAUUAA